CCACGCGAAUAUCAACGAUGGACUCCGACUCCGACUCAGAUUUUGUGUCCUUUGGGACCCCUCUUGAAAUAAUUGAGGAAGAUGAGCCUCUUCCAAAACCUAUAUCAGUACAGGACCAGGUUGUUCAUGAUCGACAAGGUCGUCAACGUUUCCAUGGAGCCUUUACUGGAGGGUUUUCAGCUGGCUUCUUCAACACGGUCGGAUCUAAAGAGGGUUUUACCCCUUCAACCUUUGUAUCAUCAAGAGGGAAGAAGGCUGAUCAACAUUAUCACAAACCAGAGGAUUACAAGGAUGAAGAUGUAAGCAUACCCUAACCCUUGAACGAUGCCACAGUAUUUGAAAAUUGAAAAGAUGUAAUAAACCGGUUUAAUAACAUUUUCAAUUUUUCAAAAGAAAGGUUGAGCUUGACAACUCGAAAGCUUGCUGGGGGCUUGUCCGGCAUAGCAACAAGUAAUCGAUGCAGACUUGAUUCCAAGUAUUCUAGUUCAUUCAUUAAUAACA